AUGGAUGGGGUUUUAGUGAUUAAUGAAAUCAUUGACUUUGCUGUUAGAAAUAAAAGGGAGUGUCGACUAGUGAAAGUGGAUUUUGCAACGAAUUAUGAUUGCGUUUUGUGGGAAUAUUUGAGUUACAUGUUAGGAAGAAUAAAUUUUGGUUUAAGAUGGUUUAGAUGGAUGGACAUGUUGGUCUUCUCAAGUUCAAUGUUGGUUUUAAUCAAUGGUAGUCCUUCAUUGGACUUUGACAUGGGGAGAGAUCUUUGUCAGGGGGAUCCACUAUCUCGUUUUUUGUUCUUGAUAGCGGCAGAAGGUCUUUCAGGGUUAAUGAAGAAUGGUAUUCGGUUGGAUAAGUUUCACAGGUUCAAGUUCAAUGAGGAUGUGCACUUCAAACUUAUCCAAUUCCCAAAUGAUAUGGUUUUGAUUUGUGAUGGUUACUCGGAUAAUUUAUGGAUUGUUAAAGCUUUGUCGCUAGGUUUUGAGUUAGCUUUUAGGUUGUGA